AUGGACGUCUUCCGGAGUGGAGUGUGGAGCUUUAACGAACUGUCUUUUAUAAAAGAACCACAGGAUGUGACUGUCAUAAGGAAGGACCCGGUUCUUUUAGAUUGCCAGGCUCAUGGAGAGGUUCCUAUUAAGGUCACAUGGUUGAAAAAUGGAGCAAAAUUGUCUGAAAAUAAACGGAUCCAGGUUCUUUCCAAUGCCUCUUUAUACAUCAGUGAGGUAGAAGGCAGACGGGGAGAGCAAUCUGAUGAAGGAUUCUAUCAGUGUUUGGCAGUGAACAAGUAUGGGGCUGUACUGAGUCGGAAAGCUCAUCUGACUUUGUCAACUAUUUCUGCAUUUGAGGUCCAUCCAGUUUCCACUGAAGUCCAUGAAGGUGGAGUUGCUAGAUUUUCAUGCAAGAUUUCAUCAAACCCUCCUGCAGACAUAACAUGGGAAUUUAAUAGGACAGCCUUGCCUAUAACCAUGGACAGGAUAACUGCCCUGCCAUCUGGAGUGUUGCAGAUCUAUGACGCUGGCCCGGUGGAUGCUGGGAAUUACCGCUGUGUUGCUGCCACUGUAGCUCACAAGCGUAAAAGUAUGGAGGCCUACCUAACGGUGACCCCAGCUAAUGAGUCCAGAUCCUUCCACAUGCCCACCAUCGUUGCAGGUCCACAGAACGUAACAGUGUCUCUGCAUCAGACUGUCGUUUUAGAGUGUAUGGCCACAGGAAAUCCCAAACCCAUCAUUUCCUGGAGCCGUCUUGACCACAAGUCCAUAGAUGUCUUUAAUACCCGGGUGCUUGGAAAUGGCAAUCUCAUGAUAUCUAGUGUCCGGCUACAGCACGCAGGAGUGUACGUCUGUCGGGCCACCACUCCUGGCACGCGCAACUUUACCAUUGCCAUGGCAACUGUAACCGUGUUAGCUCCUCCUUCAUUUGUCGAGUGGCCCGAAAGUUUAACAAGGCCUCGAGCUGGCACUGCACGAUUUGUGUGUCAGGCAGAGGGAAAUCCCUCACCCAAAAUGUCCUGGUUGAAAAAUGGGAGAAGGAUACAUUCAAAUGGCCGAAUUAAAAUGUACAACAGCAAAUUGGUAAUUAAUCAGAUUAUUCCAGAAGAUGAUGCUAUUUAUCAGUGCAUGGCUGAAAACAGCCAAGGAUCUAUUCUAUCUCGAGCCAGACUGACCGUGGUCAUGUCAGAAGACAGACCCAGCGCACCAUACAACGUGCAUGCUGAAACCAUGUCAAGCUCUGCCAUCCUCUUAGCUUGGGAGAGGCCACUGUACAACUCAGAUAAGGUCAUCGCUUACUCCGUGCACUAUAUGAAAGCAGAGGGUUUAAACAAUGAGGAGUAUCAAGUGGUCCUUGGAAAUGACACCACUCAUUACAUCAUCGAUGACUUGGAACCCGCCAGCAACUACACUUUCUACAUUGUGGCAUACAUGCCAAUGGGAGCCAGCCAGAUGUCUGACCAUGUGACACAGAACACUCUAGAGGAUGUGCCCCUGAGACCGCCUGAGAUUAGCCUGACCAGUCGAAGUCCCACCGACAUCCUCAUCUCCUGGCUGCCCAUCCCAGCCAAGUAUCGGCGGGGCCAGGUGGUGCUGUACCGCCUUUGCUUCCGCCUGAGUACCGAGACCUCCAUCCAGGUCGUGGAGCUCCCAGGGACCGCCCACGAAUACCUCCUGGAGCGCCUGAAGCCUGACAGCAUCUAUCUGGUGCGGAUUACUGCCGGCACACGUGUGGGACUGGGAGAGUCAUCCGUGUGGACCUCACACAGGACGCCCAAAGCUACCAGUGUGAAAGCCCCUAAGUCUCCGGAACUGCAUUUGGAGCCUCUGAACUGUACCACCAUUUCUGUGAAGUGGCAGCAAGAUGCUGAGGACCCUGCAGCUAUUCAGGGCUACAAGCUGUUCUACAAAGAGGAGGGACAGCAGGAGAAUGGACCCAUUUUCCUGGACACCAGUGACCUGCUGUACACUCUCAGUGGCUUGGACCCCAGAAGAAAAUAUCACGUGAGGCUGUUGGCUUACAGUAACGUGGAGGAUGGCUACCAGGCCGACCAGACUGUCAGCACACCAGGAUGCGUGUCCGUUCGUGAUCGCAUGGUUCCUCCUCCACCGCCACCCCACCAUCUCUAUGCCAUGGCAAACACCUCAUCUUCCAUCUUCCUGCACUGGAGGAGGCCUGCGUUCACCACUGCACAAGCCAUUAACUACACCAUCCGCUGUAACCCUGUGGGCCUGCAGAAUGCUUCUCUGGUUCAGUACCUGCAAACAUCAGAAACUCACAUGUUGGUUCAAGAUCUAGAACCAAACACCAAGUAUGAAUUUGCCGUUCGACUGCAUGUGGAUCAGCUCUCCAGUCCCUGGAGCCCUGUGGUCUACCACUCCACCCUUCCAGAAGCACCCGCAGGUCCUCCGGUGGGAGUAAAGGUGACUCUGAUAGAGGAUGACACUGCCCUGGUUUCCUGGAAACCUCCCGAUGGCCCAGAGACAGUUGUGACACGCUACACCAUCCUGUAUGCUUCAAGGAAGGCCUGGAUUGCAGGCGAGUGGCAAGUCCUGCAUCGAGAGGGGGCAAUAACGAUGGCUCUGCUAGAAAACCUUGUGGCAGGAAACGUGUACAUUGUCAAGAUAUCUGCAUCCAAUGAGGUGGGAGAAGGACCAUUUUCAAAUUCUGUGGAGCUGGCCGUUCUUCCCAAGGAAACUUCACAAUCAAACCAGAGGCCCAAGCGUUUGGAUUCUGAUGCCAAAGUUCAUUCAGGCUAUUACCAUCUGGACCAAAAGUCAAUGACAGGCAUCGCUGUGGGAGUUGGCAUAGCCUUGACCUGCAUCCUCAUCUGCGUCCUCAUCUUGAUAUACCGAAGCAAAGCCAGGAAAUCCUCUGCAUCCAAGACAGCACAGAAUGGAGCCCAGCCAGGAACUCGAGCCGGCAGGGCCAUGGUAAUAGGGGGAAGCGACACAGGGAAGAAUCUGGAAAGAUCUGCAAGCCAUGAAGAGUCCUCAGUGCCAAUGAUGCCCAAUAGCUUCAUCGAUGCAAAGGGAGGAACUGACCUGAUAAUUAAUAGCUAUGGUCCCAUUAUUAAAAACAACGCUAAGAAAAAAUGGCUCUUUUUCCAAGACACUAAGAAGAUAAAAAUUGAGCAGCCUCCAAGAAGAUUUACCCAGGCUGUAUGCUUUUACCAGCCAGGCACCACCGUGCUGAUCAGCGAUGAAGACUCCCCCGGCUCCCCGGGCCAGACUACCAGCUACCCAAGACCCUUUGGGGCUGGCCUGGACACUGAGCACUCAGCUAACAGCGAAGGCAGUCACGAGACGGGGGAUUCUGGUCGGUUCUCCCAUGAGUCCAAUGAUGAGAUACACCUGUCCUCGGUCAUCAGCAUCACACCACCCACCUCUCAUUCCCUGGCCCACAGUGAUCCUGCUGGGGAUGCUGCACUGAUGGUGUGUGGAGACCCUGCAGAGCCCUUGACGGUUGCGCAGACUUCCUCCCCAGCCCCACAGCCACCGUCUGCCCAGCCCAGUUUUGAUGUGGGCAAGUUUCCCAUAUAGGUGGCCAUGCUCAGAUAGUCUCAGCAAGUCUGUUUAAAGGACAAUGAACAGGGAGCCAAAGCCUUUUGUGAAAAUACUG